AUGUUCGACCAAAACAUUAUUGGAAUAUGUUUCAGUCUCUUCUUAACAGUACUUUUUAACAUUUCCUUGCACCGUAUAGAAGAAGGUCAUGUUGGUGUUUAUUUUAGAGGUGGUGCAUUAUUGCCUCAAGUAAGCAAUCCUGGAUUUCAUAUGAUGAUACCUGUAUUCACAACAUACCAUUCUGUUCAAGUUACAUUGCAAACAGAUGAAGUAAAAAAUGUUCCAUGUGGUACAAGUGGUGGUGUGAUGAUUUAUUUUGAUCGUAUAGAAGUUGUAAAUAUAUUAGAUGCAAAUAGUGUGUACAACAUGGUAAAGAACUUCACAGCAGAUUAUGAUCAAACAUUAAUAUUUAAUAAGAUCCAUCAUGAAUUAAAUCAAUUCUGUUCAGUGCAUACAUUACAUGAGGUAUACAUAGACUUGUUUGAUCAAAUAGAUGAAAAUUUGAAAACUGCUUUACAAAAGGAUUUAAAUGACUUAGCACCUGGUUUAAGUAUUCAUGCAGUUAGAGUUACUAAGCCCAAAAUUCCAGAAAGUAUUAGAAAAAAUUAUGAAUUAAUGGAAGCAGAGAAAACAAAGCUUUUAAUUUCCAUACAGCAUCAAAAAGUAGUUGAAAAAGAUGCGGAAACUGAUAGAAAAAAGGCUCUUAUUGAAGCAGAAAAAGAAGCACAAGUAGCAAAAAUACAGUAUGAUCAGAAAAUAAUGGAAAAGGAAUCGUUGCAACGAAUAGCAGCAAUUGAGGAUGAAAUGCAUUUAGCAAGAGAAAAAAGUCGUUCUGAUGCUAAGUAUUAUGAAAUGAAAAUACAAGCAGAGGCAAACAAGCUGCUUCUUACUAAAGAAUAUUUAGAACUGAAGAAGUAUGAAGGGGUAGCGCAAAAUACAAAAAUUUACUAUGGUCAAGAUAUACCAAAAAUGUUUAUGUAUGGAGGUUGCUCAAGUGAUUCCAGUAUAAGUUCAAAUAUAGGAAUUAGUACAGAAGGAAAGUAA